AUCAAAACUGAAACAAUUUGUAACAAAGAGAUGCGUAAGCUAAAUUUAUUAAUAAGUUUGAUAAUACAGUCGAACCUCUAUUAAGCUUAGUGACCGCUUAAUAGAGGUUGACCGCUUAAUAGAGGUUUCGCUAUUUUCGCCCCUAAAUUAGCGUAAAUCGGGCUGUAGUUAUACGUAAUAACUUUUUAUUAUAAUAAACAACAGUAACAAUCAUGUUAGCCCUAAGACGGGGCCUGGUGCAUUCCAAUUUGAUUCAGAAAUGUUUGAAACCGCCUAGUCAGUUUGUUUUUGCCUAUACGGCUCUUGUGGCUUUGCCCAAUUCUAUGGGCAUGAGCUACUUUCGCUGGCGUUAUGUAAAGUAAAUGAGUGCGUUAAGGUGAUGUUACACGCGACGUUUCCGUCGAUAUCCGUCAUUAAGCAUUUGCGCGAUUUUGGAAGUCGAACCAAAAACUCGCAGUGCGUUGCCGUACCCAAAAACUCACAAAUCUGACCCAGUUGCAUUCAUUCGGGGAUACCAUGAGUACAUGACUGAGUGGGAACCAGCACUAGAAGAUGUUUACAAACUUAUGCGGGAACCAACUAACAUAAAGGAUACGAAUGCUGUUGCAAUCGUAAGAAAAAAAGCCGACAAAACGGUGAUGAAUGGAGACGGUCACCCGAAUACUCUAGUUGACGAUUACGAAGUUAUCAGGCAUAUUCCCAAACUGAUGUCGACGUGGGUUACCAAAUAUCUCAAGAGACCUACGAACUGUGAGAAAGUCGUAGUCAAAGGGAAGUGGGUGAACAGAGGUGGUGGCUAUGGACUCGAGAUUCCUUGUGAAUACAUAUUUGAAGGUGACAGUUUUUCUUCUAGCUGGCUAAAGCGGAAAUUGUUUAUCGAGGAAUUUGAUGCGACUGAUCCGCACAAGACCACACAAGUCUCACAAGACGAUUAGCCAUAGUAAUUAGAUUAGACAGU